CUACAGUGUCCAGUGUGAAGAAGAAGAGCGGCGGUGCUAACAGCUAACAGCGGUGUGAUUACGGACCGUCCUGUCGGGAGCGGACUCACCGACUACCGGCGGACCGACACCGAAACUUCCUCUCAUGUCGCUCCUGAGCUGAAGAAGCUUCUGGAAGCUGCUCGUGAACGCGCACGGUCUCCAUGGCUACGGAGGAGUUGUACGAGGUGGAGCGCAUCGUGGACAAGAGGAAGAACAAGAAGGGGAAGGUGGAGUACCUGGUCAGGUGGAGAGGCUACGGCUCCGAGGGUGACACCUGGGAGCCGGAGACUCACCUGUCCACCUGCAUGAUCUACAUCCACGAGUUUAACCGUCAGUACACCGAGCGGCAGAGAGACGCCACGCUGCUGCGCUCCACCCGCAGCUCGCCCAGCCUCCACUGUAGCUCCGCCCACAGGCUGCCCUGCAGGCCGCCGCUCACCGCCCGCGGUGACAACAGCCCAGGUGUAGCUGGAGACUGUCACAAGGCGAAAGCUCCUCUAGGCCCGCCUCCUCUGAACCCCGCAGGACCGACCCGGCCGGCCUCCCAGCAGCAACCCGAUAGGUUCAGCAGCGCUCUAAUGUCAGCGUCUCCGGUCGGCUCCACCCGCCGCAGUGUAGAUCUGUCCAAGACCGGCAUCAAGAUCCUGGUCCCCAAGAGCCCCAUGAGCAACCGCCUGGACUCGGAGGAGUCUCCAAGCGAGGCGGCUCACAGCCUGGAGGCCGGAACUCAGGAAGCUCACCUGGUCCCCCCUGAGGUGGCCCUGCUGGAGAAACCUGCAGGAGUCCAGCUGGGGCCCGGAGAAGAAAGGGCCCGCAUGGGGACCCGACCCCGUAGCCAGAACCCCCUGCCCCCGCCCCGGGCCCCCAUCACCCCCGCUGCCAUGCGCUCCCUCAGCGGCACAGGGAACUCUGCGCUGAUGGAGGCUGUCGCUGCCAGCAGGAUGUCAGGUGUGCAGAGCGCUGUUGCCGGGGCAACUAGUGUGACGGGGAAAAGGCGUCUAGAGGAGCGGUCGGCGUUCGACAAGCGUCUGAGGUUCAGCGUUCGGCAGACGGAGAGCGCCUACCGUUACCGCGACAUCGUGGUCAAGAAACAAGACGGCUUCACCCAUAUCCUGCUGUCCACCAAGAGCUCCGAGAACAACACGCUGAACCCCGAGGUGAUGAAGGAGAUCCAGAGCGCCAUGGCGACGGCGGCGUCGGACGACAGUAAGCUGGUGUUGCUGGGCGCCGUAGGCAGCGUGUUCUGCUGCGGCCUCGACUUCCUGUAUUUCAUCAGACGCCUGACAGAUGACAGGAAGAAGGAGAGCAUCAAGAUGGCUGAGACCAUCAGAACCUUCGUCAACACCUUCAUCCAGUUCAGGAAGCCCAUCGUGGCGGCGGUCAACGGCCCAGCACUGGGUCUGGGGGCGGCCCUCCUACCGCUGUGUGACGUGGUGUGGGCCAAUGAGAAGGCCUGGUUCCAGACGCCGUACACCUCCUACGGCCAGACGCCCGACGCCUGCGCCUCCUUCACCUUCCCCCGCAUCAUGGGGCUGGCCUCGGCCAAUGAGCUGCUGCUGAGCGGCAGGAAGUUGACGGCCCAGGAGGCGUGUUCUAAAGGUCUGGUGUCUCAGGUUCUGUGGCCGGGAACCUUCACCCAGGAGGUGAUGCUGAGGAUCAAAGAGCUGGUGAUGGUCGACUCUCUGGUUCUGAAGGAGUCCAAAGCCCUGAUGAGGAACACCAGCCGCGGUGCUCUGGAACAGGCCAACGAACGCGAGUGUGAAGCCCUGAAGAGAGUCUGGGGCUCGUCUCAGGGCACCGACUCCAUCCUGCAGUACCUGCAGAGGAGAACCGAGCUCUGCUAGAACCUGGACCGGGAAUAGAACCAGGACUGCCUCUCCAACUCAGCGAUUUGAGUGGGCACCUCUGACUGAACAUGGAGCAGUUGUGAACUUUUAAGUUAUACUUGGAGCAGAACGCCGAGUGAGAACAGUGGAACGUUCUCUGGCUUGUGUUCUGACGAGUCCAACCAGCAUCAGGUUCUUCUGACCACCACAGGAACACAGCAGGACAUGCUAGCUUAGCUGUAGCUUAGCUGACAAGUUUGUCUUCAGACAAACAGGCUCCUGAGAGGUUCCUCAGGGUUCCAUCCUGGGUCCUCUGUGGGUGCUAGCAUCAGGAAACAUUGGCUCAUUAUUUACUGUUUUGCCUGUCAGACAAAACUGAGGGUUUGCAUCAGAGGAGAACGUGAACAGACCUCCUCAGGGUUAAAUGCCCAAUCAGACUGACUGUGUACUGUGUUUCCCUGGAGACAAGUUAAAAUGGCAGAUUUCAUUAGAACUUCUGAAACUAAGACAACAUUCUGAGCUAAGCUAGGCUAACAGUUACCCCAUGUUUUCAGCCUUUAGCUAUGCUAGCCUAACAGUAUCCUCAUGCAUCCAGCCUUUAUGCUAAGCUAAGCUAGCAGUUUCUCCCCACGUCCAGCCUUUGUGUUAAGCUAGGCUAACAGUUUCCCUAGCCUUUAUGCUAAGCUAGGCGAACAGAUUCCCCAGCCUUUAUGCUAAGCUAGGCUAGCAGUUUCCCCAGCUUUAUGCUAAGCUAGGCUAGCAGUUUCCCACAGACAUACAGCUGAUGUGAACAUGAACUGUGGUGGAGGACAGCAGGAUGAUGAAAUGUUACUGGAUGUUCUCCUACAUGUAAAUGCCCUACAGCACCCCACUCAGGACAGACUGAUCCGCCUGCAGGGGGUGCUGACAGGGACAUGCAGUGAUGAAUCAUGGGUAAGUAGUGACACCUGUCAGGUGGAGAGUUUGUGUCAGAUUAAACUCACAUGAUUAAGUCA